CAAUGGUUGUUCAUAGACUGUUGAAAUAUGGAGACAUAUCAAAUAUAGCAAAUGAGCUACGACAUUUUUCACUUGAGCUUUUGCAUGAAAAAUUCCGAUUCAGUGUUUAUGGAUUGUUCGACAUUGAUUACACCCUCAUUACUACGGUUACAGGAGUUGUCUGUACGUAUCUCAUCAUUCUCUAUCAGUUGAUGGGAAGCAAAUCAAACUCUACUGAAUCACCAAACACAUCAAUAGUUGAAGGACUCAAUUAA